AUUAACAGAAAAACUUCACAAAAGUAUUAUACUCAUUUUCUCCCUUAAAUAAGACAUCAACAUGAAGUGCAGUGUAAGCCAACAAAUCAAAUCUCUCACACACACGGUAGGGCCAGCAAAAUAUCACUGCAUAUAAAAUAGCAACUUAAGAAAACUUCACAAUUUCCCCAUCAAUGGCGUAAAGAUUGAUCAACACACAAUCUUCCGUGCCGGAAACCUUUACUCACCGAUUGGGCCUCGCUCAUCAGAAACCCAUUGCUCGACUCCAAAAAACCCAACUUAUAAACAAAAAUAGGCGUUGUAUAAUCACAUAAAAAAUCGUAUAAAAAUAUAUGAGGAAGAGGGUGAAAGGGCAACCUGGGAAAGCACGGCGAUCAGUUCUUCCUGGACGGGAUUCUCGAUUGUAUCCAUGAAAUCACGGCGGCGCUCGCCUUCAGCAGGAUGACGGAGUCCGCGUACAGGGUCGAAACGACGUCGCGCCUCGCCCAAUGGCGGAUCGACAACCUCGCCUCCUGCACUUACCGGAAAUCCGAUCCUUUCACGAUGGGCAUGUGGAAUUGGCAUUUGUCGGUGGAGAAAAAUCGGAUCUUGUUUAUUAAGCUGUACCCGGUGAUAUCAAAUCUGACUAGAGAAUAUCCUCCAAUUGCAUCAUUUGUGAUCAAAUUGGUGUCGGGUGUGGGCGAUCGGAGGUGUUUGGUACAUCCAGAGGUGACGGAUAAGCAGCUCAAGAGCAACGAUGAUUUUGUUUGGGCUAUUGAGGUUCCAUUAACCGGAAAGUUCAUCAUCGACAUCGAGUUCCUCGAUCUUAAAAUCGCAUCCCCAGAUGGCUCAGAACCGCGCUCGAUCUGGAGCUUGGGCCCCACACAGGCCCAAUCAGACCAAACAGCCCUAACAUGCCUCGGCCGCAUGCUCUCAGAGGGCAUCCACACCGACAUCGAGAUCAACGCCUCAGACGGGUCCGUGCGGGCCCACCGCGCAGUCCUCGCGGCCCGUUCCCCCGUAUUCCGCAGCAUGUUCUCCCACGAUCUCAGGGAGAAGGAAAAUUCGGCUGUUGAUCUCCCGGACAUGUCCAUUGAGGCCUGCCGGGCCCUGCUCCACUACAUGUACGGCAGUAUUGGGCCCGACGAGUUCUCGGCCCACCGCUUGGCCCUUCUCUGGGCAGCCGACAAGUACGACAUUUCGGACCUGAAGGACGCGUGCCACGAGAGCUUACUGGAGGACAUUGAUACCAAUAACGUGCUGGAGAGGCUGCAGAACGCGAGCCUGUACCAGCUGCCGAAGCUCAAGGAUGGAUGCAUGAGGUAUCUGGUGAGGUUCGGGAAGAUAUAUGAGAUUCGGGACGAAUUUAGUUUGUUUGUACAGUGUGCUGACAGGGAUUUGAUUGGGGAAGUGUUGAAUGAGAUUCUUGCGGCUUGGAAAGGUUUCUGAGUGAUGAUCAUCAGAUUAGGUGUAUUCUUUCGUAUGUGUGUGUGUGGGAUGUUGUUGGAUUGUUUGUCUGUAUGUGUUUGGGUAGUGAUUGAUUUUUAUGAGAUUCGGGGAAAGGUGAAUCUUGGUUCCUAUGUGUAUAUAUAGUUUGGUAGAUUUGUAUAGAGAAGGAACUACAGUAUAAGAUGUAAAGAUUACAAACGAAUGUUGCUUGUCAUGGAUAAAAUGUUGUUGCAAGAGCCCUGGCCGUCUCUUCCUUAAUUUAAUGGCUAUAGAUUUUCAGAUAAAAGAUUACAG